CUCAAAAGUCCCUUCACUAGUCAUAUCGACAAGCCAGCGCAUACUGCUGCCUUGCCUCAAAAACGAACAAGGCGGUGUUAGCGGAAAUAAGGGCCUUCCAACCAUCACCGAAGCUUCUCCGCCUCUUGAACAAUUCCGUCAUCCAUCACUAUUCAAAGCAACAAGCACGUGGAGCCAAGAGUAGAGAGUCACUCAAGGCAGACACUUCCAUACCUUCGACACUUUCUCGACUCACUCUUCACAUUCCAUCGCCAUGCCGCCCAAGAGGAAAGCCCCUGCCGCCGGCGCCGGUCGCGCAACCAAGCGGGUGGCGUCUGGUGUGAACACUCCGGUUUCCAUGGGCAGCAGCGACGAUGAGUACAUGAGUGACGAUGGUGACGACUACGUGGCCGAGGAUCACAACUACGACGAUGUUGUGAAGAAGUUCCAGGCUUCCUCAUACCGCACCAAGAAUGCGAAGCCCCAGGAGUCUGAUCAAGCCACUCGUCUCUUCCGCAACGAUCGCGACCUGUCCGCCCUUGAACUGAAACCCGACCACUCCGUGCGUCCGCUUUGGCUCGACCCUGAAAAGGGCAGGAUCGUUGUCGAAACCUUCUCUCCUUCCUUCAAACAAGCUCAAAACUUCCUGAUCAACAUCGCCGAACCCCAAUCGCGAACGACCAACGUACAUGAAUACACCAUCACCGCGCACAGUCUGUUCGCCGCUGUCUCGGUCGGCUUGACUACCGACGAUAUCAUCCGCCAACUCGAAGUCUUCUCAAAGACGAAGCUGCCCGAUGGCUUGAAAGAUUUCAUCUACACUGCCACUCAGUCUUUUGGAAAAGUCCGUCUGGUCUUGAAACACAACAGGUACUAUAUCGAAAGUCAAGAUGCUUCGGUACUGCAAAUGCUGUUGCGUGAUCCAGUCAUCGGUCCGGCCAGAGUUCAUGAGACGGAUGAGUUGAUUCAGGAAAAGGCUCCACAAAUGGGCGGGCUGGUCAUUCCAGGAACAAAGGAUGCCGCUGGCGUAAAGCAAGCUGAGGCACAAGCAAAAAAGAAGGCUGCCAGGAAUGAUGAUAGUGAUGAUGAAGACGAGGAUGAGAAAAAGGACGAUGCCGAGCAAGACAUGACUGCCUACCUGAGAGAUGAGGACGACGAUGAUGACGAGACGGACCAGGUCCAUUCAUUCCAAAUCGAUGGUGAGAAGAUUCAAGCCGUCCAAGAACAGUGUAACGUCAAGCUACAACUGCCUCUGACGGAAGAAUACGAUUUCCGAAACGACGAGAUCAACGCAAACCUGGAUAUUGAUCUACGCCCUAUGGCUCAAAUUCGAUACUACCAGGAACACGCACUUAGUAAAAUGUUCGGUAACGGUCGUGCCAGAAGUGGAAUCAUCGUUCUACCCUGCGGUGCCGGUAAAACUCUGGUCGGUAUUACAGCUGCUUGCACUGUCAAGAAGUCUGCCAUCGUCUUGUGCACAUCUGCCAUGAGUGCAUACCAAUGGAAGAAUGAGUUUUUGAAGUGGUCAAACAUCAAUCCUGACGACAUUGCCAUCUUCACCUCUGGUGAGAAGGAGAAGCUGAAUCAAAGGGCAGGAAUCAUCGUCUGCACAUACAGUAUGGUUACUCAAAACACCCGAAGAGCCCACGACAGUCAGCAAGUCAUGGAUUUUAUCACCAACAGAGAAUGGGGUCUCAUGGUUCUGGAUGAGGUUCACGUCGUGCCAGCUGAGAUGUUCAGACGUGUCACUUCCAAGAUCAAGACUCAUUCCAAGCUUGGGCUGACUGCUACUCUGUUACGUGAAGACGACAAGAUCAAGGAUCUGAACUUUCUCAUUGGUCCGAAAUUGUACGAGGCCAACUGGCUGCAGCUGUCAGAGGAAGGUCACAUCGCCCGUGUCCAAUGCGCUGAGGUGUGGUGUCCCAUGACGACCGAGUUCUAUGGUGAAUAUCUGAAAGCGCGUACUACUAAUAAGCGCUCUCUUCUCUCGACCAUGAACCCCAGAAAAUUUCAAGCCUGUCAAUUCUUGAUUAACUAUCACGAAAAACGAGGCGACAAGAUUAUCGUCUUCUCUGAUAACGUUUACGCGCUCGAGAAGUACGCGAAACGACUCAAGAAGCCAUACAUCUACGGAGACACACCUCAAAGAGAACGCGAGAUGGUGUUGCAGAACUUCCAGCAAAACGAAUCUGUGCGAACAAUUUUCCUGUCCAAGAUUGGAGACACCAGUCUGGAUUUACCAGAGGCCACUUGCUUGAUUCAAGUGUCCAGUCAUUACGGAUCACGUCGUCAGGAAGCGCAGCGUCUAGGUCGUAUCCUCCGUGCUAAACGUAGGAAUGACGAAGGUUUCAAUGCCUUCUUCUACUCUCUGGUGUCGAAAGACACAAACGAGAUGUACUACUCGUCAAAGCGUCAAGCUUUCCUGGUCGAUCAAGGCUAUUCUUUCAAAGUCAUCACCCAUCUGACAGGUAUCGAUGAAGUCGAGGGUCUCCACUUCCGCGACACUUCUUCACGCAUGGAACUUCUCGAAGACGUUCUGAUGGCUGGCGAGGACAGCGGUAGCGUCGAGAAUAUCCAGGAUGAUCUCUUCAGUGGUCGACAAACGCACAAGGGUCCCAGAGGCAAACCUGGUGUCCGUCGCACUGCUGGUGCUCUCUCCGAAUACGCCGGUGGCAAAGACAUGGCCUACAUCGAGUACAACAAGAGCAGAAACAAGGAACUCAAGAAGAACAAACCUGCGAGUAAAUUCUUCAAGGACAUUCAAAGGACGAAUGAGAAAAGAAAAGCGGCUUCGAAAGCGGAUUUGUGAGCCUUUUCUUCUUGCAUUCUCCUUUUGUCCUUACAGAACAUUGCGGCGUUCAUGAUUAUGAUACGGAGGGCGUCUUGGUUUUCAUAGGCGCACGGUGGUAUUACUAUCACUUCUUUUUGCGAGGGAUUACAAAGAAUCAAUGACAAGAGCUAUGAUUAUUCUUAUCCAACUCAACAUUUCACCACUGUCUUUCUCGAAGCUCCAACUUUGAAGCAUUUUCGCUCAUGGCGUGGAAAAAGACCAUUUUUUUCUCUGUCAAAAUGUCCAUUCACGAUCAAAUUUCAAAUCAUGUUGUUCUGAUCAUCAUCCAAUGCCAUUCCUCCCUUUUCUCCAACUUCCCGU